GCCAUACUGCCGACCCCCCGCGCCAUCCUGGCUGCCCCCAUCCCCCACCACCCCGUCCACGACGCCCCAUCUCACGCCCGACGUCCCACCCCUCCCAUGUCCGCGUCCCCACAGCCUCCCCCACCCGCGACCGUCCCCGAGCCUGCGACCCACACUAACAGCUCUCCCCCCGCGUCCUCCUCAGGCUCCCCCGCCCAGCUCGCCACUCUUCUCGCGAAGGCCCUCCAGGAGACAGAGUCUCUCAAGGCCGAGCUCUCCACCCUCAGGCGACGCGCAGACAAGUCCGAACGCCUCCUCGCCACAUUCCAGUCCGUCCAAUCCCCCACCAACGGCUCGCCCCCCGGCUCCUCCCACGGCGCUUCUUCCAAAGAGAAUUGGCCCCCCGCUGCCCGCAAGGCCCUCAUCGACUGCGAGGCUCGCGUAGAGCGCGCCGAGCAAGCCCGUGAUGAAGCCCUCGCCCGACUGCAGAUGCUCCAGGAGUCCUGGCAAGAACUCGACCGCUACUUCGCCACCCUCGAGCUCCGCGCUCUAGACACCCGCGCACAAUUCUCUCGACUCAUUGCCGACGGGGGUGGUCCGCUUGUCCAAGUGAACGCCAUCCCUUCAUCGUCCCAAAACACUGUCUACGUCCCCAACGUCGUCCAAGGGGCUAUACACCUUCCCCAGAUCCCCUCAUCCCGCUCUCAUGUUCCCCGUACCUCCUCCCAGAGGCUGAACGCCCCUCCGCCGUUCCCAUCCAUCCCCCUUCCCCCACCGCCCAGCGCGACCUCCAGUCGCGUCCGUCCGCGCGCAGGCAGCAUGGAUACAGGCUACGGUGGUGUCCUCGCUGGGCCAGGUGCUCCCCCUCCCGCGAAGCGUCUCCGUAGCGAUCGCGACGAUGACGGUAGCCGCGGCAGACGAUACAGCCUCUCUCCCUCAAAUUCUCCCCAUCCCGCCUACCUCAACGGCAGCAUGGCCGACCAUUCACCUCAGCUCACCAUACACUCUGCUCCCUCCGCCCUCCAUCCGCACUACAGCCAAUAUCCCCAUCCCCCCCGAGCUGAUCGGGAUGAUCCUCGCUACGCUUAUCCCGAUCAGCCCCGUUCGCGCCGUCACGCGCGCUCCACCUCCCGCGGACGCUCCUCGCGAAGCCGCUCACGUUCGCGCGCAUCAGCAAGCAGCCUCGAGGACAUGCUUAUCGAAGCGACGACGACAGGCGAAGACAACGCCGGCCACGCUCACGGCCAUCGCGCAGUGCAUCCGGCACAGCAUCUGCACCCCUCUUCACGUCAUCGCUCCCCCUCUCCUGGGCGCGACUAUCAGAUGGGCGUCCCGCAGCGCGCGCGCGCGUCCUCGACGCUCAUGGCCCGUGGCGGAGUCGUCAAUGGCCCGAGUCAGAUCGCGUCCCCGCCCGGCCCGCUGGUCGCCCCUGGCCAGUCGCAGACGUUCCAGACGCAUAUCUUUGCACCUCCUGUCACUGGUGCACCCGUCAAGAAGUCCAAGAUAGGUGCGGCGGGGUCGCUCAGUGGCAACGGGAGUGUGCUGACGUUGGGUAUGUUCGCGUUGUCGCCCGUCUAUUUUGAUGCAUCCGUGCUGAUUUUGCGGUUAGGUCCGACAGGCAGCGUCAUAGCGGGUCCUUCGCCCAUCGGCGGAGGCGGUUUCCCCCCAACGAACUCGGCCGGUCAGCGCAUAUGCCGCCAGUGCGGUCUUCCCGGCCGUUACAAGGAAGGCAAGUGCGUCGAAAAGUGGGGCCCUGGUCCGGAGGGCCCCGGCACCGUCUGCGACCGGUGCCGCAAGAAAAUGAAGCGCGUGGAGCGCCGCGGGACACUGGAGAGCCAGAACAUGGCCGCAAUGCAGCACCCGCCUCCCGCAGUGCAUCCCUCGGGCGUGCACCAAGCUCCCCCCGGCUCGCUCCCCAACGGCCGUGUCCCCCACCGCACCGACACCCUCCAGGUGCACCCCUCGUCGCAGAGCCAGUCGCGCCUCGGCCCGAGCGGGACACACUUGCUCUCGAGCUCGCAGGGUGGCUACUCCCGCCACGACCGCGACCACGACCGCGAGCGAGAGCGAGGUGCCUCGUCUCCCUACCACCACUCCUACACGACCUCGCGCGCAUCACACCGCGGGCCCACCCCUCCCGGGAUCGCCACCCUUCCGGGGUCGAGCGCGAACGAGGACGACGGGUCGUACGACGACCACCGCCGCCGCGAGCGCGACCCCGCUGCGCACUCCCACUCCCAUUCGCAUUCGCACAGGGCGGCGCCCCCGAGCGUGAACGGGCACGGCUCCAGCCGGUCUGCGAGCCAUUCGCCUGCGCUCAAGCCUCGCGCCGGGUCCGGGGGGGCGGGGGCUGUUCCUCAGAACGCGACGUCUCCGCGUGGGUCUGACGGCAAGUCGAAGUCGUCCGACCUGAUGGACGUCGAUGCGGACGGAGAGGAAGUCGACGCUGAUGCAGACGCAGACGCUGAAGCCGACGAGGCGGAUGCGGAGGCGGAUGCUGAUCCGGAGGCGGAUGCGGACGCGGAGCUGCUCGAGGCAGUCGACGCGGCCGAGGCGAACAACGCUACAGACGAGGAGUGGCUGAAGAAGGAGGAUGCCUGAUGUGGGGGGCGUUCCGUCUCGUUCUUGGACGCUCUGCUGCUAGGGUGCGGUGUGGACGCUGACGAAGGCUGGAAGAUAUUAUGACGCGUCUGACGACUCGUAUGUCCCUUGUCCUCCCCCAUUGCCAUAACUUCCGCGGAUUUCAUCCAAGCGAUGACAAUUCCGUCCCUCUGGAUAUGUAUGCUCUCCCAGUAUUUGCUCAUGCCCCCUUGCUUGCUCGCCCCGUGUCUCUGCUCCGCUCGUCCUUUAUCCGUGUACUACAUAUGACUAGAUCCUUCACUCCUGCAUACGCAUACGCAUACGUAUACGCCCGCUAGUGUAAUCGUCCUCUCUCCAAUUGUUGUAUUCGCAAUGUUUUCCUGUAUGCACGUCCUGUCUGUUCUCCAAAGCAACUGUAACCAUAUUUUUGCCUUUCAAUUCAUUCCUGC